GGCUUCCAACCUUCGCGUCCUCACCUCCCACUCCGCCUCUUCUUCGCAGCGUCUCUUCAGCCUUGCGUCGGCUGUACCUCUGCUUUCUCGCUGAACGCCGCACGUCAUGUCCUCUCCGCGCUCCUCGCCCGCCGCCUCAGCGUCACCAAGUGCCGAGGCGUCCUCGUCGCACUUUCUGCGCCUCGUGGGCCAGCACCGGCCGCUGGGCGUGCACCGCCACUUCAACGCCAUCCCGCUCAUCGUCGCGCUGCAGAGCGAGCAUGCCGAGCGCAUCGACGGCGCCGAGCUGCGCAGCCGCAUGCUGGACCUGUACGAUGUGCAGGGCCUCGAGGAGCUGGAGGACACCGCAACAGCAUCGCAGUUCGGCGAGGGCAGCUCACCACCGCCGCCGCCUUCUCCGCGCCUCGACAGCGGCCUGCAGCGGCUGCCCGGCCGGACAAAGGGCGGCUCUUCGUCGUCCCGACGUGCGCCUCCAGGCUUCGGCCUGCCGUUUGCCGACUUUGAGGAGCUCGUGGCGCCGCGCCGUCUGGACCCGGACGCGCAAGAAGAGGACGAGUCGGAGGGCGAACUGAGCGAUGCGGAGGAGGAAGACGCGGUGGGUGUCAAGGAGGAGAAGCAGAGCGACGAGGAGGCCUCGGGCAGCGCGCAGGAGGCGGGCAAGGAGGAGGAGGAGGAGGCAGAGGAGGACGAAGAGAGUGCAGAGGAGGCCAGUGAGGAGGAAGAGGAGGAAGAGGAGGAGAGCGAGGAGGAGACAAGGAGCAGCAAACGACGACGGGGCGCCCAGACGCCGCAGAAGCGCGCAACUGGCGGCAGAGCAGCCGCUGCGGCCAGCAGCUCAACGGCAAAGUCGACGAGGGCCAAGGCGGUGCAACCACGACGGAGCUCGCGGCGCUGAAGGGCAGGCCCUGGGCGAAGCAGAAUAUAUCCCACAUCGCAAGCAUGGUCAAGGGCAGCAGGGUUCCAGGUGUCUAGAAGUACAG